AUGCACGCGCCUCGUGGCGUCAUCAAGAUCGGCACCAGCAGCCUCAUCAACGAGGGGUUCCACAGCCUCAACCUCUCAAAUUUGGCACGAGUGUGUGAGGUCAUCAAGCAGCUGCACAAUGAGGGCCACUUUGUCAUCCUGGUGUCGAGUGGCGCCGUGGGCGUGGGCUGCCAGCGCCUGGGCCUAACGGUGCGCCCCACCAAGCUGGCCCAGAAGCAGGCCCUGGCGGCUGUGGGGCAGGUCCACCUCAUGCGCUACUACCAGGACUUCUUCCAGGCCCUGGGGCUGACGUGUGCCCAGGUGCUGCUGACCCUGGAGAACCUGGCGGACCGCUCACAGUACAUCAACGCGCGCAGCACCUUCACGGAGCUGCUGGCCUACGGCGCCAUCCCCGUGGUCAACGAGAACGUGAGGCCGCGCCCCGGGGAGGGUGGAGGGAGGGGGGCCUGGGUGGUGGCGCUGCGCCGUGCCCUGGGGGAGACCUCCAGGACGCGUUGGGUCUGA